AUGUCGACUUCACGUAAAGCCAUCCAUAUCAACCCGCGCGUGGUGGAGGCGCAGUACGCGGUGCGCGGCCUCAUCCCGAUGCGGGCGGACGAGAUCAAAAAUGCGCUGGCGACGCCGGAGGGGAAGGGGAAAUAUCCCUUCUCCAGCCUGGUGUACUGCAACAUCGGCAACCCGCAGGCGCUCGAGCAGAAGCCGCUGACGUUUAACCGGCAGGUGAUGUCACUGGUGGAUGCGCCGUUCCUGCUGGACAACGCGGCCAUCAAGGCGCAGUACCCGGCAGACGCGGUGGCACGUGCGCAGGAAUACUUGAGCCACAUCGGCAACCGCACAGGCGCCUACACGGACUCCGCGGGCUACGCCUUUGUUCGCGAGAUCGUGGCACGGCACAUCAACGAGCGUGACCACGGGGCGAAGCCGCUGAUGGACGCGUCAUCGAUCAUGCUGACGGACGGCGCCAGCACUGGUGUGCGCCUGCUGCUGCAGAUCCUCAUCGGCGACGCAAGCGAUGGCGUGAUGAUCCCCAUCCCGCAGUACCCACUGUACACGGCGCAGAUCGCGCUGCUGGGCGGCACCCCCGCAAUGUACUACUUGGACGAGAACAAGGGCUGGGCGCUGAACGUCGCGGAUCUGGCGUCUGCGUACGACGAGUGCGUGGCGCAGCGCAAGGCGACGCCGCGUGUGCUGGUGGUGAUCAACCCCGGCAACCCGACCGGCGGCGUGCUUGAGCGCGGCGUGAUGGAGGCCGUGGCGAAGUUCUGCUGCGAUCGCGGCAUGGUGCUGAUGGCGGACGAGGUGUACCAGGAGAAUAUCUACGCGGAGGGGAAGCGGUUCGUGAGCUUCCGCGAGGUGGUGCUUGGGCUGCCGGCGCCGUACAACACGGACACGGUGCUGGCCUCGCUGCACUCGACGUCGAAGGGCAUCAUCGGUGAGUGCGGGCGCCGCGGCGGGUACUUCUCCCUCACCAACGCCCCCGCCGCGCUGACGGAGCAGGUGGUGAAGAUGUCCUCCAUCAACUUGUGCAGCAACGUGAACGGGCAGCUGAUGACGGCGCUGAUGUGCGCACCCCCGCGUGCCGGUGACGCGAGCUACGAUGCAUACUGGGCGGAGUACAACGCGAUCUUCGGCAGCCUGAAGAAGCGUGCGUUGAUGCUGGCGAAGGAGCUGAACAGCAUCCGCGGCUUCGCAUGCCAACCGGUGGAGGGUGCGAUGUACGCGUUCCCGACGAUCCAGCUGCCGGAGAAGUACGCGCAACACAACGCGGAGCUGAACGCGCGGGAGGGGCGGAAGCUUGCGCCGGACGCGCGGUGGGCGCUGGAGCUGCUGGAGAGCAGCGGCAUCGUCGUUGUGCCCGGCUCCGGCUUCGGGCAGCAGCCCAACACGCUGCAUUUCCGCACGACGAUCCUGCCGCCGGAGGCGCAGAUGGAACGGAUGGUGAAGGCGCUGCGCGGCUUCCAGGAGGACGUCUGGGCGAAGUACGCGUAG